AGGCAUAUAGCUCAUAUAGUGCGGACUAUUAUGGUAUCAAGUAACACCCUCAAGCCAGAUUGACAGACUUUCUCACUGUUUUUGAAGCUGAGUUAGGAGCUAGUUCUAUUUUGUGAUUGUGUCAUGGUUAUGGAACAUUUUGUUACACCUUUUCUAGGCAUACCCUUUCCAAUGCAAGCUUCUUCCGAGCUCCAAACUCCUUCCCACGGCUCAAACAAAGUGUCCUCCUCCAAGAACAGUGACAGUCGCAAGAACUGCAGAAAGAGGAGAAAGUUGAGCGGGAUAAAAAGGAUCUCAGCUACAACCCGGGAGAGGAGCAGAAUAGAACACCUCAACUGCGCUUUUAUCACGCUGCGGAGUCGUAUCCCCACUCAGCCCUCUGAUGUGAAGUUAACAAAGGUUGAGACCCUGCGGCUAGCUAUGAGCUACAUGAUGCACCUGGAGAAGCUUCUGGGGGAUAUUUCAGAGCAAGAGGGUACAGGCAGCUCCGAGGUCUCAUCCACUUCGGAGAUCAAGACAUCGCGGGAGGACGGAGUGGCGUGUCCCCGGGUAGUUAGAGUCUACCCCUCCUACCCUGUCCACUCAGAACACUCGGAGUACGGGUCCUGGAACCCUCAGUACGGACUCCCUGUCCGACCUAUCCCUACCAUGGACUCUCAUUUCAUCCUCAAAAAGGGAGACAAGAACUAAUCCGCUUCACAGCUAAUAUUUUAGAUGUUUUGCUGGUUUAAAUCAAUUAUUAAUACAAUAUAUUUAUUUAUCAAAUAGACUUACAUAAUUUACUUGAUUUUCAUUUCAUUAUAUUAUUGUAGUAAAUUACCUUACAUUUUAAGAUUCAUCCUCGGUUUAAAAAAAAUUUCCUCUGAAGCUCUUAGGAAACAUAACAGAAGGGAAUUAUUAGUUCUAAUACUUCCUUAGAUCCUUCAGUUUAUGGGUGUUUCAUGUUUAUAACGAUCAUUUAUUUGAACGUUUAUAAUUUUAUAAUGGCGUAACGUCGCAGGAUUAAGUUUAAUGUUAUAUUUAAUUUUAUUAAAUCGUACGCUAUUUACAUUGUCCGUUAA